AAAGAAGAAAAAGAAAAGAAGGCCACCCGCUCUGUGUUCUGUUCGAUAGUCUGCAUCCCACGUACCAAAUCUGCAACUAAUCUCUCUUUCUUUAUUCAUUCAGGUGCUUCUUUCCUAAAAUCACAAAAAUAUUGCAAUUUCGAUCUAUACCAUUUCAAGAUUUGCAUUCCCACUAUCAAAAAAGCCGCUGUAAGUUGUCUGAAUCAUUUGCCAAAUCUCUUCAUUUGGCAAAAAUAUUUUGAGCGUAUAUCUUUGUAAAUGCUCGUUUGUCAUUAGAUUUAUUCAAGAUUUUGUAAAGGUUUUUUUUUGGCCUUUGGUACACAAUAAAUGCUUGUUUAUAUGGUUCUUGAUAGCAUGGUUGAUGCAGUAUUGAAAAAGUUUUGAGUUUUUAGUAAUAAAGUGAAUCAAGAUUCUUAAGGGGUUCUAUUGGUUUUGGUAAAAUGGUAGUUGGGCUAAUUGUUUCUUGGAUAUUUACUGAUGCAUUAUUUUCGGCUUUGAGGGAUCAAUGGUACUGAGAAAAAUGUGUUUUGGAGGUGAUUACAUUGGUUCAUGUAGAGUUUUAUAUGUUAAAGUUUGAGUUUUUAUUGAAGUGAAUCAAGAUUCAAAGGGGUUCUACUUGUUUUGGUAAAAUUGUAGUUGGGCUAAUGGUUUCUUGGAUAUUUGCUGUUCGAUUAUCUUGGCCUGUGAGGGACGAAUGGUACUGACUAGAAUGUGUUUUCAAGGUGAUUACAUUGGUUAUUGGAAGUAGUGGAACCAAUGUCUGGAACAAUAAGUACUUUCGGUAGAAGUCUCUCUCAUAAACAAAGGGCAUUGACAGUUAGCAGCCCUAGAUUGUUCGAUAAGUCCGUUAGUAGCCCUAGAUUUAGUAGGAAAAGCGAGGUUUCAAGACUUUUUUGUGUACUUAUAGCAUUAGGAUCUGUUGUUUCCUUUUUCCUGGCAAUUGGAGGAGGGUAUUUAUAUGUUCUGCCCAAUCUUACAAAAGCAUCUCAUGAGGAGGAUGUCGGCCUUAGUGUUAAUGGUUCGGAUAGUCUUUGUGACAUAUUUGAUGGAAAAUGGGUAGUCGAUAACAGCUAUCCCUUGUACAAUGCCUCAGAAUGCCCCUUUGUAGAGAAAGGAUUCAACUGUUUGACUAACGGUAGAACCAAUGGUGAUUAUCUGAAGUGGAGGUGGAAGCCGAGGAACUGUGAAAUACCGAGGUUUGAUGUGCAUAAUCUGUUGGAAAUUCUCCGAAACAAAAGAAUUGUUUUUGUUGGAGAUUCAAUGAGUAGGACUCAAUGGGAAUCCUUGAUAUGCCUGCUAAUGACCGGGGUGCAAGAUAAGGAAAGUGUAUAUGAAGUAAAUGGGAAUAAGAUCACUAAAGUAAUUCGCUUUUUGGGAGUGAGGUUUAGUUCCUUCAAUUUCACAGUUGAGUUUUAUCGAUCAGUAUUCCUUGUCCAACACAACUGGUCUUCCAAAUAUGGAAUAAAGAGAGUUAGAUCAACCCUUAAGUUGGACAAGCUUGACGAUAUCAGCAACGAGUGGAUUAAUGCAGAUGUCCUCAUAUUCAAUUCUGGACAGUGGUGGGUACCCGGGAAGCUUUUUGGAGUGGGAUGCUAUUUCCAACUAAAUAAUACACUCAAGCUUGGAAUGUCAAUUCCCACAGCAUUCAGAACUGCCCUUGACACUUGGGCAUCCUGGAUAGAUACCAAAAUUAACCCUAACAGGACACGUGUUUUUUUCAGAACAUUUGAACCAUCUCACUGGAGCAAUCUAACUCUGCGGUUGUGCAAUGUAACAAAUCAACCUCUUUCAGAGACUAAGGGUCAGAAGAGUAACUCAUUUUCAGACGCAGCACUAGAGGUGGCGCGCGGAAUGAAAGUUCCAGUUACUGUGCUACACAUAACUCCCAUGUCUGCGUUCAGGAAAGAUGCACAUGUCGGUAUUUGGAGUGAUAAUCCAUCUCUCUCUGAUUGCAGUCACUGGUGUCUGCCUGGAGUUCCUGAUCUUUGGAAUGAAAUGGUCUUUUCAUACCUGCAUGCUAGCUAUCACCAUACGCCUUUGCAUCAACAAAGAGAGUUCAACAACAUGGACUGAUGUAUGAUAAACAGGAACUCAUACCAGCUUAUGUUUUUCUAUGAAGGUCAAUCAUUUUGCAAUUCCAGCAACAACAAAAAAUAAACAAUUUUGAACAGAAAUGUAUAGUUACAUGGUGAGAAGAAACUCUUGUACCGGGAAAUUGAUUUCUUUUUCAUCUUUUUUUUUGUUCGCUAAAUUCAUUUUGUAAGAGAGAAGGAGAAAAAAUGUAUAUCAUUCAGAAUGUUUGUCUUGUACCGUAUAAUAUUUGAAAAUUAAUAUGCAGUUUUCAAAAAUUUACUA